AUGGCGAUAGAAGAUUAUGAAAUUCAAUGCAGUAUGAUUCCGUUGUAUGACAUUGUCGAACCGGGAGAUGAUUCAUUCUCAAGUGAGAUAUUCUGUAUCAGAGUUGCAGCCACCUUUAUGCAUCCUCCCCUCGAUUCAACAAUGGAGGAGGAAGAUGACGAUGAUGGUAGCCACGAUGAGAAUGAUAGCUUUGAAUGUGCCGCCGCCAUUCUCGUGGAACUUCUUAACACCGUGGACGACGGUGGUGGGGGUGGUUUAAGCUUAGACCCUGCAUCUGAGUCAUCGCCUGAAGCUUUCAAGAAGGUGAAGGAAAUCAAAGAUUCGAUGAGCCAAUGCACCAUUUGUUUAGAUGAGCUUUUGAUUGGUAGUGAAGUAGUCUGUACGCCAUGUUCCCAUCAUUAUCGUGAUACUUGCAUUUACGAUUGGCUGAAAAGGAGCAGAGUAUGUCCUUUGUGUAGGUUUCAGAUUGCUUAG